UUUACGCCCGUUCAAAACUCAAUCGUAAGAAUUGCCGCCUUGAAAAUUAAUCAAAUCUAAGAUCUCUUGGUAUUUCUGUGACGUCUGUUUUAAUCAAAUUGUAUGGCUAUAAUACCUUUCUCUUAAAGUCGUCUUUACGAACGUUCAUACAAUCAGACGGUCUUCCUAGCUGUCUAAAAUUCUUUCUGCUUAUUUUGAAAUUACUUCCCUUCUCGGUUUCCCUCUCUUAAACCUCGCAAAACCAGCAUUAAACCCCCAUGCAGUAAUUUUUGUCUUUUAAAGUUUUAAUUUCAUACGUGUCUUGUUUCAGCUUUGUUUCUGACGGACGAUCGAUGCAAGUUAAUUCCUUCAAGGAGUUUAUUUCAGUUUAUAGCAAGGGUCAAAUCAAUGUGCCCCUUGAUUGGUUAGAACACUGUGUUCAUCAGAGUUCAAAAGCAUCAUAAACUACUGGAAGCAUCAAGAUUGAACUCACUUCCACUAACAAUGGCAGCACAUUCUGGAGAGAUUUAUGUGGAGAAUGUCAAUAAUGAACCUUUCUUGUCAAAACGGAGGAAAGACCCUGAUGCAACAAUAAGAAAAAGUGUUGUGGUUCUAAGAACCAAAGACGUCCGAAUAUUUGAUGAUAGAGUGUAUAUGCCAACCACUAUCGACAUGGCUCACCUCAAGAAAGCACAUAUGGGACAAUUUAAAAGGGAUAUACUGAUUUCUUCAAAUAUGACAAAAAUUGAUGUAAAAGAAACAUUGGAGAGCCACUUUCCAGUUUUGAGUGGCAGAAGGUUUUACUGCGCUUCAGUGGUUGACCAACGCACAAGAUUAGAAUUUCAUGGUGAACGUCGCAUUUGGGAUGGACGUUACAUCAAGAGAACGAUUAAAGGAAACUCAGCUCUUUAUGUUUUUAUAGAAGAGGAUAAUGAAAAGGGUGAUUCUGAACAUGAGUCCCUUAUAGAGCAAGCAGGAAUGAAGCGUUCAUUCGACCAGAUUACAACAAGUAGAGAGUUGACUGAAUCUGAUUCUGGAUAUGAGUCCCUUAGGGAGCAGACGGGAAUAAAGCGUUCAUUUGAUCAGAUUACGACAAGUGAAGAGUUGACAAGCAGUGUGAGCCCAGAAAAAAUGUCACUAUCAUCAAUGAAUAGUCCUGCUCAACCAAGCUCCGAAAAGCUACCUGGUGUUCUUCCCAUCCACGACAUUCCAUCUCUAAACAAUUCAAGUUAUCCAACUUUGGUAUUAGGGCAGGCUGAUAAAGGUGCUGAGAAAAGUGAAGUAGAGUUAUCAAAUGAAAGACCACCCAUGAAUCUGCAGCAAACAAGUGUGACACAAAGUAUUUUGUUGCUGCCUAAUACAAUGGGGGGUGUACCUAUAAUUCUGGUACCUAAUGCUGGAGGGAUUCCUGUUGCUCCUGUGCUACCAGUUGGAAAUAAUGCCUUAAACACAGUACCUGCUCAACAAAGCUUUGAGAUGCCACUUUUGCUAGACUCUGACAAUACAGGGUUGCAGUCAGUGCCACAAGCUUCAACGCUUACCCCUCAGCUCCAAAGCUUAGAUGAUUCGAUUGCAUCUUCUCAGCAAUCACAGAACACCGUUACUGCAGAGUCAUCCCUAGAAAGAAGCCUCGGGGCCUUAACAACUGCGCACACCACUGAAAUAUCUCAGCAAGGAGGGCCAGAAAGUAAUAGAACUGAUUUAGUGGGGGGCCAGCAGGAGACAGAAAACUUAAAGUCUGGUGAUCAAGAAAGACAAUCUGAUAUUGAGAAUACUGACUCAUUCCCAAUUGCAGAGAAAGAGCCAGAAAGUAGUGGACCUUCGACUCUGCCAACUCCUGAUGUUGAGCCACUGUCGUCAGAGGACUUAGGUGUAGGAUUUGAAACGUCCCUAACGUCUAAAGGAGGAUCUCCUCAGAACGUUACCAAAGUUAAAGCAGCCGUAAAAGAGGGUGUUUACUUUAGAAAUGUGAUGUUGUUAAAGAAAAAUGAAUUGGCAAGUGGAGAGGGGAAAGUGUACAUGCCAACCACUAUUGAGAUGGCAAGAAUGAGAAAGCCUAAGACAAGACAGUAUCAAAAAAGCGUCCAGUUUUCCAAAGACAUGUCAGCAGAGAUGGUGAGGAGUAAAAUUCAAGAGACUUUUCCGUUCUUAGACAAGAGUGGAAGGUUUUCUUGUGCAUCAAUCAGUAACCAGGAUAGUACUCUUCAAUUUCAUGGGUCUCCUCGUGUAUGGGAUGGAAAAACAUUGAGAAGAAUCCUAAAAGGAAAUUCAGCCCUUUACAUCGUUUCGGAAGAAAGUCAGACCGAGAUUAGAGGUACAAGGAAGCCUGAGUGUACACCAGAACAUCUGUCUGGCUCUAAGUCUAAAGACACGCAUCUUGAUGAAGAUUUGACGAUACAAAGUCUCCCACAAGGACCGGCUAUCGACUGGGAUGAAUUCAGCUUGACUGACACCGUAGAAGCGGAUAAUCGAGGUGGUCUUUCUGUCUUAAGUGAUGUUGCUUCAAAGAUCAGAGCCGCAGUUACUGAUAAAAAAUCAAUUACAAUGAUCCCAAACAGAAGUUCCAUCAAGGGUGGAGUAGAAUUCGUCGUGAUUUUCACCGAAGCCUUACCGCUUGAUCUCAGCGUUGCUUUUGCAAAAUUCGAAGACAUUGGUACAGUAGAGCUGGAAAAAAAGAAUUCCCAUAAUCUCAUUGGUAAAGUUCCCGCUUCUUUAAAACCUGGCCUUGUCACUGUUAGAGUUACAUCCACAACUAAUGUCUACCUCGGAGAAACUUUGUUUGAGUAUUGGGACGAGACUCGAGAUACAUUGCGCCGGCUGGUUCGAGAUGGCGACAUGCAGAGGUUAUUUUUUAGCCUCUGGGCCCAAAAUAUUGACCCAUUACCGCCUCCGGAACCUCUACAUGACGUUAGUACACUCGUUAGAGAACCAGUUAACGAAAGUGUAUGUGAGGGGAUUGACGAAGCGACGUCAACUGAUUCAUCAGAUGAUGAAAACCCACGUAACGUAAACGAAAAUGGAUGCAAUGGGGAAGACGAAGCCACGUCGUCGGAUGAUGGAGACCAAGUAAACGAAAGUGGAUAUGAUGGGGAAGACGAAGCCACGUUGUCAGAUGAUAGAGACCAAGGUAAUCUAGGAGAUACGUUAGACUGUGUUUGACUAACGAUGCUACUAGUAG